AAUUCUCAGAACCCGCCAAACCGGCCGCCUCGAUCGGCGGUCGCCUUCGCUUCCCUCUGCAGUUGACCUCACGUCUACCAUCACCCACCGUGCAAGAAGAAGAACCGCAGCGGGAGCAGGGCACUCAGCCACACAGAGAGCUGAGCCGAGCAGGGAGAAGGUGUCGGAGUCGGACGCGAGAGCAGCAGCAUGGAGGCGGCGGCGGAGAGGGGCACCGUCGUCACCGCCUGCGUGACCGGCGCGGGGGGCUUCCUGGCGUCGUGGCUCGUCAAGCUCUUGCUCUCCACCGGCCGCUACGCCGUCCGCGGCACCGUGCGGGAUCUCGGUGAUGGCAAGAAUGCCCAUCUUAUGACACUCGAAGACGCCGGCGAGAGGUUGCAGUUGGUCAAGGCUGACAUGCUGGACUACGGCAGCGUUGCGUCCGCGGUCGCCGGCUGUGAGGGUGUCUUCCAUGUCGCGAGCCCUGUCCCCUCCGGUCAACUCUCCAACCCUGAGGCAGAUGUCAUAGCUCCUGCUGUAACUGGUACACUGAAUGUGUUGAAAGCUUGCCACGAGGCAAAAGUGAAGAGAGUUGUUGUGGUAUCUUCAGUGGCUGCUGUGUUCAAUAAUCCUAACUGGCCUAAGGGCGAGGCCUUUACCGAGGAUAGCUGGUCAGAUGCAGAGUAUUGCAGAAAAAAUGAGGAAUGGUAUUUCCUUUCUAAAACACUGGCAGAACAUGAGGCUUUUGCUUAUGCAGCAAAAACUGGGCUAGACAUUGUAACUAUUUGCCCAUCAUUGGUGAUUGGACCUUUGUUGCAACCCACAGUAAAUGCAAGUGUUAAAAUCUUCCUCGGUUAUAUCAAAGGAGAUCAGGAGACAGUCAAUAAUGGAUCCAUGAAUCUAGUGGAUGUUCGUGAUGUCGCUGACGCCCUUCUGUUGGCUUACGAAAAUCCUCAGGCAUCUGGACGGUACCUCUGCUGUUCACCAGCAAUAAGAGUCUCUGAUAUUGUAAACACACUAAAGACCUCAUAUCCAACACACACUUAUCCCCAAAAAUUCGUUGAAGUGGAAGGUAGCAACACAUAUAUCACGGAGAAGCUUCGGAAGCUAGGGUGGACCUCUAGGCCUAUGGAGGAAACCCUGCGGGACAGCGUCGAUUGCUACCGAGCUUUGGGGAUCCUGAACUGAGCUUCCAUUCAGCUCUGGGCUUUGGCUGCUGCUGCUGCUGCUAUUUUCAGCUUCUUUUGGAUCUCUUCAUGUAAGCAGUGAAUCAGAAAUUUAAUUCAGAAUAAGCUGGUGUAGGAACUAGAAAAGGGGAUCGUGGGAGAUGCUGAUGCUAAGAAUGAACUUGAACACCAUCGUUUCUGAGUUUUUGUCUCUGCGUGCUUGAGGGCAAAUUAGUACUCGCAUGCUGUAACGCUUAAAUCUGGUGUCGCAGAACUGAACCAACAAUGAAGAGGUUCUGUGAAUAAAUCGAAGUACGUGGUAGACUAGCGCCAUGCUGUGAAUAACAAACGUGGUAGAACCGAACCAACAAUGAAAAGUUUCUUUGCCAAAUGUGCAAUUCCUGGUU